AUGGCAGACCAGGCGGCGCCGGCUGACGCGCCGCCCAUGGCCAUGGCGCAGGACCCCAUGUCUCAGGCCGCGCAGCUGCAGGCUGCGGAGGCAAUCCGGCUGCAGAGGGAACGCCGGCGCGCAGCGGCGAUGAGCUCCUGCGCCCGCGCCUCCUGCCGCUGA